UUCACGGGAUUGAUAGAGAACACUCUCUCUUAUCUUCUUCAACCUUCUCGACUAGUAAAGCCGCGAAAAUCAAAAGAACCAUGGCUCUGGUUUUGCCCUGUACAUUUUGUACUUCGCUUCAACGGAAGACUUUUUCGGUUAAUCGGCGAAAUUCACCGAAUCUCCGGCGAGGAGUUAAGGCCACGACGUGUGAAUUCCGGAUCCCUGUAGAAGUUUCCACUCCAUCAGAUAGAGGAUCGUUAUCUGUUCCUUCGCAUAAGGUCACUGUUCACGAUCGACUACGAGGAGUGGUUCACGAGUUUGAGGUUCCAGAGGAUCAGUAUAUAUUGCACUCAGCUGAAUCUCAGAACAUUACUCUUCCGUUUGCUUGCAGACAUGGUUGCUGUACUAGUUGUGCCGUACGUGUAAAAUCUGGAGAGCUGAGGCAGCCACAAGCACUGGGAAUAUCAGCAGAACUGAAGUCCCAGGGAUAUGCACUUCUUUGUGUGGGUUUCCCUACAUCUGACCUUGAAGUAGAAACACAAGACGAGGACGAGGUCUACUGGCUACAAUUUGGAAGAUACUUCGCUCGUGGACCAAUUGAAAGAGACGAUUACGCCCUUGAACUCGCCAUGGGAGACGAAUAGAAAACAAAGAAGAAGCAUGUAAAGUCGCAAAUUUUCUGUAUUAGAAGUGACUAGUGAGUGUUACUUCCCUUGUCCUGAAUCUCGUUGUGCAUCCUCGUAAGUCUCUUAAUGAACUCACUGAUACUCCAAUAAAACUUCUCAACAAUUCAACAUUGUGUGAAAAAACGAAAACCUCAUGAACCUUUUAAACCAUUAACUCCAAAAGUCAAGCA